GAAAAGAUAGAAAAAUUACAAUGUCAUAUGAAGAGAAAAAGGAGGAUUUAAAGGAGGAAGAUGAUGAAUCGUCAGAUAAAGCAGAAAAAAAGAUGGAAGAAUAUGAUGAUUACAUGGAGGAUAUUAUAGAAAAUUACAUGAAUUACGAGGAACAUGAAGUAUCGACACGGAUAUAUGAGAGAUUCUUAGAUAAAAACAAGAAGAAAAGAACGACGAUAGAAGAAAAUAAAAGAGAAAUAUUAGAUCGAGCGUGGCCUACGGAGAAAAAUACAAUGUAUCAUUUGGGCGGCACUAGAUUUUGGCAACUCGACUUUGUUACAGAAUCGUCAGCUGUUUUUAACACUACGAUUUUAACAACUACGUUUUUAACAACUACGAUUGACAAAACUAUCGGCGUAUCGAUUACUAAAACCACUUGUUUCGACGUUGUUCUUAAAAACGAAAGAAACGCCGAGAUAAAGUCUAAUACGCGUUAUCGCAAACGAAAUAUUUAUAAUGAUGGGAGGAGAAAGUACAUUUCUAUCCGAAAGCGAAAUGCUAGUCUUAAAAAUGUAACGGGAAAAACUACGUCUCGUCAAAAUUACAAACUAAGAACGAGGCAAGCCAGCAUGAUGGCGAAGAAACCAAAGCAUGAAUCGCAAAAGUUGCAUGAUCCGAAUUGUUACAAGCGAAAUUUCGAAGGAAAAAUAAGGGAAAAAAUAAAAUUUAAUGAUUUCCCGCUUACUGAUGAUGAGAAUUCAAUAACAGCGAAGAGCCGCAAGCUAUGCGGUAUUAACGCGAAUAAAUCGAAGCAUCCAAUUGCCAAGCACAAAGAUGUUGCAAAUAAACGGAAAAAGAAGCAACUAACAAAAUCGCGAACGUUACACGAUAUUAAUUUACAUUCUUCUCAUAACAAGGAUAAUCGUAUCGUAAAUAAAAAAAAUGAACAUCAUAAGACAACUACGAAGCGAUAUUCUCAAAUAAAGAUUGUGGAGAACAGCAAGAAGAAAGAUGAGAAAAUGACGCAUUGCAGUUUCAUUGAUCGUAAAAAUAAAUCAGUAUCUGUGUCGGACGAGAAGAGAGUCCAUAACUGUUUCAAUUGCAUUUGUGAUAUAAUGAAUAUAAUUAACGGUAUACGAUCUAUACUUGAGAGAAAAAGCUUUUCGUUGGAUGAGAUUAAAGCGCUUAAUUGCAGCGAAUAUAAAGAGAUCCAGAAUAAAAUAGUGAUUUCGAUGGACUCUGAUAUGGAGGAAGCCAGAGAGUUUCCACAAUCGCGUUACAAUAUCGAAUCGCUGAAAGGCCAGAAAUACAUCAAACUGGAAGAACUGGAGAACGACUUCAAAAGCGACUCGGACUUUGACAAUGAUCACGAUAUUAUUUCAUUACCCGGCCUUAAUCUCAAUUUACCCUGCAAUCAAGAUGGCGGUGGUAUCACUUGGCUGUCAAGUGUUAGCAGGCCGAGUUAUACGUGGAAAAGAACGGAUGGUAUCGCACUCUUCGGCUUCGUGGCGGAAAAUGGCGAUUUGGAAUUACGAAACGUAAACGCGAAAGAUACAGGGAAUUACACGUGCAUCAUGACUUACAUGAGCCCCGAUAAUGAGGAACCCGUGGAGACCACUUACGAGAUCCAUUUGCAAGUUGUCACGCUGCCAAAAUAUAUCGUUCGUGGGGAAAAUUGUUAUCAUACGCGGUCUUGCGACGAAAGUGACUUGGACGUGCUGGUGACGUAUCUACCCCUAAAAUUGAACAGCGUAAUAUGCGAAGCGGACAUCUGUAAUGCUUACGUCUUAACGCCAUCUUGCUCUCGAAGUCAAAUGACGGUAAAUGUUCUGCUAGUGCCAUCUCAUAUCGUCAGACUGAUGGCGAUCGAUCUCAAACAUUGCAAUGUCUUUUGUCUCAAAGCUAUCCAGAAUAAACUGUCGCUGAUAUUGAGUGAAAAUUUGCGAAUCUUCCUUGGGAAAACUCUGAUUUUCAGAUUGCCGCAUUACGAGCAGAGGCUGGUCCCGAGCACCGAAAAGUCGUCGUUUGCCAGGUGGAAGAGGGGAAAGACCGACGCAAACGUAUUUGGCGACAGAUCCAGCAAUGUCGGUUUGUUCUCCAGUUGUCCGGCGGGAUACGGUCUUCGUGAUGCACAUUGCGUUCCUUGUAGCGUGGGCACUUACAGCGAGGACGGGAUGUCGCACUGUAAAAAAUGCCCGACCGGAACGUAUCAGCCGAAUCACGGCGCCAGAGUUUGUCGUACGUGCACUAAUCCACUGACGAAAGGGUGUCACAAUAUGCUCUGGAAUUCUUUCUCCGCAGUAAUGGUAACUUUGGCGAGCAUUGGCGUGAUGGUAUCGAUAUGUUUGCUAGUGCUGUGGUUAAUCUGCUGCGCCAAAAAGAAGCUCUUUGUAAAGAAAAUAGCUAGUAUCAAGGAAGACGCGUUUGAACGAGAGGUACCCGUGGAGGGACAACCAUUAAUUAAGAAUGCGAGUGGAGACGAGGAUCAGCAGUGGGAUAGAGCUACGAAGAAAAAGGGGAAGUUUUAUAUAAAUAAAAAACGGCGAAAACAAAACGAAAAAAGGAAACACGACAAGACGCACGUGCAAGAAGAUGAAUGGGGAUCGCAUCGUGUGAAGAAUGCCCCAAUUAUUAACCCAGAGUCUUAUCGAUCUCAUGAAGAUUAUAAUAACCAUUAUCCAAAACAAUCAUAUCGUAAAGGACCUCGACUACCAGAAUAUGAUUUUGAUACAUGAUAAAGAUAUACGUGUAUAAGAAAACGUACUGCGAAUAACGCGGAGGAUUACAUAGUUUUACGAUAAAAGAAGCUUGUAAGAUAUUUUAGGCUUGAUCACUAAUUGAAGAACUAUGUAAUAUUUACCCAGUUAUGCACGCACUUACUUUUAAGAUAUACCUAUUAAAUAGUGCAUUAAUUAUUGAAUAUCUAUUGUAUUAGAGAAAAUAUAUGUUAUAAAUAAAUGUUAUACAUAAAUAAGGAGUUGAUUCCAAAAUUCCAAAUUAAUUCAAUCAAAAACCAAAU